GCGGAGGAGUGGGGAGACCGAAGGAAAUGAGACAACCUUUUCCUCUCACUCACUCGAGCUCCUCUAGCGUCUGCGGGACUCUGCGCGAUCGCCAGUGCGCGCCGAGGCCUGGACCCUACUCUUCGCGCAGUCCCCCGUGACUCCUCCACUGGGAUUUCUUUCCGAGGCGCCAGCUCCGGCCCAAGCCCCGGGCACUGAUUUGUCAAGUUCUCACCUCGGUGACGCGCUCCAGGUCCCCCAGCUCGGCCCCGCGCCCCCAGCGCGUAGCCCCCGGAAGUGCGUGCGGGCGGCCCUGGCAAAGAGCCUGAGAAGCCAACAGGGGCGAACCAAGUUUCAGGACCUGUACUAUUUGAUGCUAACAUGACCUAGGAUGAACUGUUCUUACCAAAGAUUCUCCUGUUCCUGACAGCACACCUCUCCCCAGAAGAGAAGAGGAGGAGGGGCCACGCUGAUCCAGUGGAAGCACCUCCAGGAGGCACCUCUGGAUGCCACAUGGAGGCCGCCCUUCCACCCAGCACGGAGCCUCUGACUGCCCAGCGAGUGGACAUGGCUUUACUCAGCAACAUCCUAGCGGCCUAUUCCUUUGUCUCAGAAAACCCUGAGCGAGCAGCUCUGUACUUUGUCUCCGGCGUGUGCAUCGGGCUGAUCCUCACCUUGGCUGCCCUGGUGAUGAGGAUCUCUUGCCACAUGGACUGCCAGCGGCGUCCCCGGAAGAAGUUCCUGCAGGACCAAGAGAGCAGCAGCAGCGACAGCAGUGACAGUGAGGAUGGCAGCUCAGACACGGCGUCUGACAUCUCUGUCAGGAGGCACCGCCGCUUUGAGAAGACUUUGAACAAGAACGUCUUCACGUCAGCGGAGGAGCUGGAGCGCGCCCAGCGGCUGGAGGAACGGGAGCGCAUCCUCAGGGAGAUCUGGCUGAAUGGCCAGCCCGAGGUUCCCGGGACCAGGAGCCUGAACCGCUACUACUAGCGGCAGGAGCAGACCCCGCACCACUGGAAGCCUUCCAGAAGGCAGGGGGGCCGCGGGGAGGGUGGGCACAGUUCUUCUAAGGUUACCGCGGAAGCCGGAGAUAAGCAGUACACCCCGUUUUCUAGACAGAAGGACUGAUUUCUCCUUUUUGCCUGAAGUUAUGGAGAAGUAGAAAAACCAAGUCGGUUUAUCAACCUUUCCAGGUCUUGGAAUGGUGCUCAAGAACUCUCUCCAAUAAUGUGGAUGGAGAUUAGAGAAACAGGACUGUGGUUUCUCGUGAUUUCUGAGGAUCUCAGAAGUUUCUGCAAACUUCAUAGCUAUGUGUUACUCCUUUAUGAAAGGAAAGAUGAUCAUAGCGUGAGGGCUAGGAGCAGCAGGGUGAGCCUAACCCUGUAAACGCAACUGUCUAAGUGACUUCGUGCUGUGGAGGCGAUUCUGACCCAGAGAGCAUGAACCGUGCUUAUUAUUUAAGGCUGACUUUUUUAUGUCAUGUGUUGCAACGGCAACCUCGUCCAUUUUAACUGGCACCUCAGGGAUUAAAAUCCUAUUUUUUAGUGUAUUCCCCACUUCAUUCCUGAAAAUGAAUAGAACUAAUGUAUUUUUGGAGAUGUGUCAGUGAACUAGACAAUGCCAAUAACCUCAAAGGAUGAAGGGUUUUAUUUUAAAUAGUUUAUUAAAAAUAUAUAUUAACUUGGAUAUUUGAAAAUGCUGCAUAAGAAUAAAAGCUAUGUCCCUCCCUCCUUUUUGAAGAGAAUAAAAUUUUGUUUUGACUCUAGAUAAUCAUGAUUUUAAACAUUCUGUUAAAAAAAAAAGUUUGGAUUUCCAAGAAAAGAAUUGGAAUAGGAGAUGAGGAAUAAAGUCAAAAUUAGGAUGGGAUAAAAAAAAAAUAAAUGUUACAUAAAAUCUU